ACAACUCAUGUCGGGAAGUAGAAAAGCCUCAGUGUUCCACACGCACGUGUCAGUCGUGUUUACUUCUGAGGAGCCGAAGCAGUGCUGUAAUGCCUCUGAAGAGAGCUGUGAUCGUACCGGGAAACGGAGCAGGGAAUGUCGAGCACUGCAACUGGUAUGGAUGGGCAAACAAACGAAUAAACGAGAUUCCAGAUGUGUCAUGCGCGCUGAGAAACAUGCCGGAUCCUGUGACUGCGAGAGAGAGCAUCUGGCUGCCGUUCAUGGAGAAGGACCUGAGAUGUGAUGAAGAAACAGUCAUCAUCGGACACAGUUCAGGAGCCGCGGCAGCCAUGAGGUAUGCAGAAACACACCAAGUGUUUGCCAUUAUUCUGGUCGGCACGUACACAUCAGAUCUGGGGGAUGAGAAUGAACGUGAGAGCGGAUAUUUCAGUCGGCCAUGGGAAUGGGAAAAGAUAAGAACAAACGUGAAGUACAUAGUUCAGUUUGGAUCCACAGACGACCCGUUUCUGCCCUGGGAAGAGCAACAGGAAGUGGCUGAUGGACUGAAGACAGAUUUAUACAAGUAUACAGAUCGUGGACACUUCCAGAACACAGCCUUCCCGGAGCUCAUCGACGCAAUAAGAAAGCUCAAAACCAACAGCUAAACACACACCGAGAAAUAACCCCUCAAAUACUCUAUUGAUGUGCUGGAAAUCGGUGCUUUAGUUCUCUGGGGCCAAAAAUUUUUACUUUACAACAAGUGAAGACAGUUUAUUAUUGUGGAUGAAUUGGGAACAGGCCAUUUUGACUUUCAUGUAAAUCAAGUUUUAGAAAUCCAAAAAUCUGAAAUAAAACACCCAUGUAAACUAGGACAAAACUUAGUAAUCGAUGCAAAAUCAAAAAGUAAUGGCACUUACAGCAGUUCUCGAACACAAACAACAUCCAACUCAACAGUUUAAUACUGUGAACACAUUUAUCAAUUCUGGUUAUUACGAUUAUACGCACACACAUAUACAGGUAAAGUCCUAUAUUUGGACAGAAAAGACUGGAGUUCUGGUUCAAAUCAGUUAUAGCACCAUUUAAGUCAACAUAAAUAUCUAAUCUGAUUAAAGUACACACCUUCUCUUAUAUUGUUGAGGAAUAGUAUGUCUUAAUAGUGGAGUGAAAUAAAGCAUUCAUUUUCACUCAAUCCAGUAACACUGACUUUCUGUAAACAACUAUAUUGUAUAAAGCUCACCCAAAAUAAAAAUAAUUUUACUCA